GCCCCACGUCCGGCCCCGUCCCGGCUCACACGGGGCUGGAGGAGCGGCUGGAGCGAGCCCCGGGCAGGAGCGAGCCUCGGGCAUGGCGCUGCCCCCGCCGCCCGCCUGAGCGCAGCGAUCGGCGCGGAGCCCGCGGCUCGGCACAGCCCGUAGCUCCUGGUCUCUAAGAUCCUGUGCUGGAUUCAUCUCUCCGUCACCCAUUUCCAGGGGCUCUCCAUAACAGGGGACUACCCCAGUUGUGUCAACACUCAGUGCAGUGAGACCAUGGUCUUCUUAAGUAUGCGGUGUGCUGGCAGGAGGCACACACCGCCACCUCUUGGGUCAUUGUCACCCGCACUGGGAUAGCGAGCUGUGCUUUGUGAUGGCAAACCUAACAACUCCUCCAGCCUGGACCAGAGUCAUCAACAGUUCUGUGGACCCAGAUGGCGCAGAAGACAACACCUACAAGUGCAUAUUUGAUGAGGACUUCAAGUAUGUCCUGCUGCCCAUCUCCUAUGGCAUUGUGUGUGUGGUGGGGCUCUUUCUUAACCUGCUGGCCCUCUACCUCUUCAUCUUCAGGAUCAAGACCUGGAAUGCCUCCACCACAUACAUGUUCAACCUGGCCGUGUCCGACACACUCUAUGUGGUCUCCCUCCCCCUCCUGGUGUAUUAUUAUGCCAUGGGGGACAACUGGCCCUUCAGUGUGGGCUUGUGUAAGAUAGUGCGCUUCUUAUUUUACACCAACCUCUACUGCAGCAUCCUUUUCCUCCUCUGCAUCAGCAUCCAUCGAUUCCUGGGCAUCUGCUUCCCACUGAAGUCGCUGCAGUGGGGACAUGUUCGCUAUGCCCGGAGGGUGUCAGUCAUUGUGUGGGUGGUGACCGUUGUGUGCCAGUCACCCGUGCUCUUCUUUGUCACCACCAGUGUGAAACGUGACACCAUCACCUGCCAUGACACAUCCAGCAAGGACCUCUUUGGCCAGUUUGUCAUUUACAGUUCAGUGAUGCUGGUGCUGCUUUUCUGCAUCCCUUUCCUCAUCAUCAUCAUUUGCUACUGCCUAAUGGCCCGAAGGCUGCUGCAGCCCACACGAGGGAUGUCCCGGCUGUCCCGAUCCAAAAAGAAGUCGGUCAAGAUGAUAAUCAUUGUCUUGAUGGUCUUCAUCGUUUGUUUUCUUCCUUUCCAUGUCACUCGUACCUUGUACUACUCCUUCCGGAGCUGGGACUUGAGCUGUCAGACUCUUAAUGCUAUCAAUUUAGCCUAUAAGGUGACUCGUCCCCUAGCUAGCACGAACAGCUGCUUGGAUCCUAUUUUGUAUUUCUUAGCAGGACAACGAUUUAUGAAGUUUGCGGGCAGCAAAAUGCCAUGGAAGACUCAGAAUGAAAUGGCUCUGGGCAUUGUGCCCAGCAGUCACCUGGGAGCCAGCAAUGACACAGACACAUUAUCCAAGGAUGUGAAAUCCUAGUUCUGCUCUUGCGCAGCCAGCACUGUCUCCACCAUAAAAGAGUUUACCCCAGAUGUGAAGGGAGGUCAGGAUGCUAUGGGGCCCGAGGCUUUUGGUGUUUGUGGUGCUUUGGUUUACACCCACUUCAUCAUGGUCUGUGUUAAAUGUGCUCCUUCCCUGUCACCAUCUCAAAACAAAUUUUCUCAUGAGAGUGCUGCAGUGCUUAUAUACACAUGCCCUGGAUCUCUGCCUGUUCAUCCAAGCCUGCCUCUCUGUUCAACGCUGAAUGGCAUCUCUCCACCCGUGAGGCUCGGUGACCUCUAUCAUGGUGGCAAAUCUGCUAAAAAAACCCCACAUCCUGAAUGUCUUAGAUAAUUUUCUUGUGUGCAGAAGGUCCCCGUGAAGAAAUUUCAUUUGCCUUUCUCUGGGUUCCCUAACAGAAAUGUAGUUUCUCUCUGCCUUGGCAAGGGAGAAGAGGCUUUUGCUUGAUGAGAAGAGUCAGCUGUGGUUCUGCUAAACAAGUUAAUGAAAAUGUCAGGUGCAAACACCACCCACAGUGGGAGGGGGUCUACCACAGCUCUGCAUCCCUGAAGAAAUGUUGUCCCAGCUUCAAAUCCCAGCAUCUGCUGACAGAGCCAGGAGAGGACCCUUAGCUCCAGUCCAAGGGCUGGCUUCUCCUUAAGAAGGGUGCUGGUGGACCUUUCAUCCCACUAACAUGUACUGGCACCACCCCACUGGAUUUUACUGGUACCAUAAAGCAGGUUCCCUUUAGGAUUCUGCAGUGGGGUCAGCAUCUUCCAAAAGACCCAUUGGUGCUUCCCAAGAGCAACAUUCACCCUUGAAAAGCUUUUAGGAACCUGUAGCUUUCUUUCAAUAGCUGACUUUAAUAAUCAUCUCCAGCUUAUUAAAAUUUAGGGUGAGCUUUUCAUGUCUUGUUUUUAGCCUCCAUACUGACUCAUAUUUCCAGCAAAGAAGCAAAGACUGUUGCUCAUCCCCUUGGCUGAGUGCUGCCACAUCCUUAUUGCUGCUCAGAGGUGACAGCCCUCUGCAACCUUUAACAGCUUGCUGUGACCCAAAAUGCUGCCCGGGUGUUGCUGCCUGGUCUCCUCAUAAUCUAAAUAAUUCCAGUGGUCCACUGAAGGCAGUCAGUAUAUUCCUUACUGACAGUGUGGACCUUCUCUGGGAAAUUUGGCACUGUUAAACCCUGGAUUUAGGAACCAUACCAAUAAAAGUGAUGCUAAGCUUAACUCCAGUCCCAUCUGGAUCUGGCUUUGCAUUCCCCCUCAGCCAGGACAGUUGAAAGUAAACUGGAGAAAAUAGCCACAAAAUACUUCACAAGGUUCACUUGAUCCUUUUCUCUGUAAUUGUUGGGUUAGAAAGCCAACAGCCCAGGUCCAUGGUUUCCUUGCCCAGCUUUGCCACAAGGAUGCUGAUUCCUGACCCCAAAAAUGAAAAUUGCUUGUGCUGCAACACUAGGCAAGUCGUAGUUUGUAAAAGUAGUCCUGGCUCUAUUUUAGGAUGAGGAAAAAAUAUUUGAUCCUGGUUUAGACCAAUUCCUCAGACCUCUUCUUAUUUUCUCCCAUCCCUCCUUCUUAUGAAGUGGCUCAGGGGAGAUAAAAGUUUAACUGGCAGAGUUUGGCCGAGGGCAACUGGGAGGUUCUUGUGGUCCCAGGUUGGUAGAAUCAUGGUCUCAUGGACAGCUUUCAUCCCAACCAACAAUGUCCCAACCACAGGAGGCAAGAGAGGGGACUGUCUCACGUCUGAGCACCAUUGGUUAAGAAAAAGAGGACAUUUGUAGGGUGGUUCGUGGAUAGAUUUGGGUUAAGAUAGGAUUUGCACUAUGGCAGCACCUUUCUUUCCUUGUGCCUGUGAAAGGAGCUUUGCUGUGAAGGGUCACAGCAUGUCAGCAGAGCAAGACAAAUAACUAGAAGUUAAUUCAACCAACGCGCUGAACUGGUACAAAUAUUACUCCAGGCCAGGUCUUGCCUGGUCUGCCACACUUGCCAAAAAGCAGCACAGACACGAAGUUACGUGCUCUGAAUAAUUCAACAAAAACAUGCUCAAAGUUCACUCCUGCUGUCCUGCUCGGUGAUCCCACCUUUCUUGGAGCUAGCAUCAGCCACUUUCAAACUACUGUCUUGGACAACACUGCCAGUCACAUCAAGGGGGUCCGUCUGUUAUCCUGAUCCCACGCAACAUAGUGGCACUGUUCAGUUGAAGAGUGGAUGGAGAGGUACCAACUGGAAAUUUAUAUGUAGAAUUUUAUUUUGUUUGUAAAAGCACUAACUUACACUAAAAAAGUGAGGUUUGUGACAACAACUGUACAUUUUUAUUUUUGUAAAAUGCAGACACCUCAGAUUUCUUAUUGUAAAUAAAUUUAUAUCUA